UAUAAGCCGCGUGCACACUGACGGGGCACAGUUCAAGUGUGCACACGGCUUAAACAUGAAACUUCUAAUCGUGUCCUGCCUCCUGGCCUUCGCGGCUGCCGAUGUGUCGCACCUCAAGCAAGCCGGCGGCGAGCAAAACGCACAGAUCCUGAGGCAGGAGUCCGAUGUAGACCCGGAAGGCAACUUCCAGUAUGCCUUCGAAACCGACAACGGUAUCCAGGCUCAGGCGCAGGGACAACUCAAAUCCGCUGGUGAGGAAGCCGCCGUAGUUAUCCAAGGCCAGAACGCGUGGAAGACCCCUGAGGGAGAACAGGUUCAGCUCACAUACGUCGCUGAUGAGAACGGUUACCAGCCCCAGGGCUCUCAUCUCCCCACCCCUUCCCCCAUUCCGGAGGCCAUCAUCCGCGCCCUCGAGUACAUCAGGGCGCACCCCCCACCACCAGAACAGAACUAAGUUAAACACGAAGUGACCCCGUCUUUUAACACCUGUUGCCUCGCGAGGCAACUUGACUUCCCCACGAGGCAACACCUUGAGCUACCUAAGGUCCCACUUAAAUAAAAGGGAGACCGAGCGAUUUAUAGUUCAUAGCUCGGCGGCGAACUAUAACUCGCUUGCGAUAUAAUCUCUUUUAGAUGACUCGCGAGGCAACUACUCUACGAGGCAACUUAUGCAGCCUAAAUACUGCUUACUUUUUUAACAAUUGAAAAUCACUUAUAACUUUUAAAAUCUCGUAUGUCAGUAUAAAGUAUUGAGAUAUGACAUUUUUAAGUUUUUUUUUUGUGAUUUUUUGUUGGUUACCUUUUCACCUUCUAGUCAUAAUUUUCUAUUGCACAUAUCUUCUUUGCACUUCUGUAUCUUGAAGACGAAAGGUCAUGUUUAUGUAGAUAAUAUAAUACUCAAUUGCCAUUAGAUCCUAGUACAUAGUGAUACCUGGAUUUUUUUAAUAAAUUUAUGUUAAAAA